CAGGUGGAAGGGAUGGCCAGCCAUUGAGAAAUGUUUGUUGUUCCAAAAAUUAUACCCACCAACAUUGGAACAUGUGCUGAUACAGUGUGGGCAGUAUGAUAGGGAAAGAGAGACUACUAGCUGUUUGGGGUUUUAGGCUGGGUUUCUGUACAGCACUUCGAGAUAUUAGCUGAUGUACGAAGGGCUAUAUAAAAUAAACUUGAUUGAUUGACUGAGAAUAGGGGAGAAUGGGAUACAGUAAUUGAGUUUAAGUAGCAUACUGAGUUGAACAUCGUUAGAUACAAUCACAAAUAUUUUGUUAUAUUUUUUAAGAGAAACGUUAUUUUGUUAUAUUUUUUAAGAGAAACGUAGCUGGCAGAUAGGAUUCAGUUCCUCCCAAUAAAGUAGGUGGCGGUAAUGCUCCACAACGUUGGAUGCCAACUGCCGACAAACGCCAAAGAACACCAGCCGUACCGCCGAUAAACCGAACAGAAGAGCGUCAGCUGUAUUGACCACGUGACAUUUGAAGAUGGCUGCCUGCAUGGAGAGAAAAAUAAAUUCAGAUGAACAGGAGUGGAUACUGGAGCCUCUGUGUUUCCCUGAGCAGCCUGCUACAGACAUCGGCACCAACUCAUCCUCUCAUCAUGACAUGGAGGUGGUGACCUGUGUGCUCUGCUCUCAUUCCGCCCCUUUGUCAGAGAAGGACCGCCUCCUAAAGCACCUAGUACUGGAGCACAAGCUGGUCAUCGCUGAUGUCAAACUCAUCGCUGACUUUCCUAAAUACAUGGAAUACUGGAAGAACAGAAUCUCUGAGAAACCCAUCACAGAUUUCUGCAGUGUGAUCAAGACUAACUCGCAGGGCCCUGUUGAAAAACAGGAGCAUUACUUCCUUCUGUGUGAUGUCCUGCCAGAGGAUAGGGUCCUCAGAGAACAUCUCCAACAGAAACGACUGGAGGAGAUCCUGGAGCAACAGCAGAGGGAGAGGGAUGACGACAGCUUCCAGCGCAUCUGCAUGUUCUGCAAUGACGAGUUCACUGGGAACAGGUCGUCACUGCUCAACCACAUGGCCAGGGAGCACUCGUUCAGCGUGGGACUGCCUGACAACAUAGUGUACUGCGUGGAGUUCCUUGACCACCUACAGAGCAAACUGGAUAAUCUGCAGUGCCUGUAUUGUGAGAAAACAUUCAGAGACAAGAUGACACUGAAGGAUCACAUGAGAAAGAAACAGCACCGCAGAAUCAAUGGCAACAACAGCGAGUAUGACUGCUUCUACAUCAUCAACUACCUGGAGCUGGGGAAAACAUGGGAAGAGGUCCAAUCUGAGGAUGAUCGGGAGAUGGAGGAUGAAGAUGAUGAUUGGUCAGACUGGCAGGCUCACCCAGUGUGUGCUGUGUGCCUGUUCUGUGAGCAGCAGUCAGAGAGCAUGGAGAAGAUCUACACACACAUGGAGGAAAGCCAUGGAUUUGAUCUGCACAAGUUGAAGACCGAACUCAAUCUGCGGUUCUACCAGCAGGUCAAACUGGUAAACUACAUCAGACGAGAGAUCCACCAGUGCCGUUGCUACGGUUGCCAGGAAAAGUUUGGGUCCAAACCUGAGGUUAUACGUCAUGUAAUGGAGGCAGGUCACGUGAUGCAGCUACCAGAGACGUCAACCUGGGACCAACCACAGUAUUACUUCCCCACCUAUGAGAACGACGCCCUCCUCUGUGCCUUGUCGGACAGUGACAGUGAAUCAGAACACACAGGCCCUUGGGGAGACGUCCCUGUCAUAGCUGAGGACAUCUCUAACCUGAAAGUCCUGAAGCAGACUAGCGUCCUCAGCCACCUUCUGAAGAACACAGACAGCUCUAGUUAAAAAGCUGGAUGGAUGGACCAAUGAUGUUAUAAACUCAGUGGAGGAUGCUCAGUGGAGAAUGGCUCAUAGAGGGACACAGUGCAACAACUUCUUGCUUCGCUGUAUCUCCAACAAGCCAGUGAUGCUCAUCACACUGUGCACUUAGCAGACCAGCACGCAUGUGCAGAAAUGAACAUGGCCUGUUUCACAAGAAGUUCCUGAGCCUGGACUACAUUUAUGUAUGAUUUAAUGUCGUACAUGGUGAUUUGUACCAAGUAUAACAUACCUGCAGGUGGAUUUAAGUUUCAAACAGUAUGAUUGCUGACAAACGUGACCUCACUGCAGAGAUGUGACAAUUGCUGAAUGUAAAUGAAUAUACUAUAAAUGAUGGUUCCCUCUCGUUUAGCUUGCUUAUACAAUAGCUGUAUGAAUGGCAGGUAGCCUAGUGGUUAGAGCGUUGGACUAGUAACAGAAAGGUUGCAAGAUCGAAUCCCCGAGCUGACAUGGUAAAAAUCUCUCGUUCUGCCUCUGAACAAGGCAGUUAACCUACUGUUCCUAGGCCAUCAUUGAAAAUAAGAAUUUGUGCUUAACUUACUUGCCUAGUUAAAUAAAGGUAAAAUAAAAAAACACCACUACAUUUUCUAAACCUCGAGCUGCAAUAAAGUAAAAAACAGUCUACAGAUUAAA